AAACUUUCCCUUGCGCGCCGACACCCCGCGCACCGAGAUACAAUACUCCAACAUGGCCGCCCCCGAGCACCUCAACACGUCCGAGCUGGGCACGCGCUCCUACUGGGACGCCGCGUACACGACCGAGCGCGCGAACUUCUCCGCCAACCCGGACGACGAGGGCACCGUGUGGUUCAGCGACGCCGGCGCCGAGGAGCGCAUGCUCGCGUUCCUCGAGAACCUAUCGGACGAGGGGCAGCUGCGCAAGGAGCGCGACCAAGACGGCGGCGAAGCGACGCGGUUCCUCGACCUCGGCACGGGCAACGGACACCUCUUGUUUGCGCUGCGCGAGGACGAGUGGGAGGGCGCGAUGGUGGGUGUUGAUUACGCGCCGCAGAGCGUGCGGCUCGCGGAGGAGAUACGCGGGAGCAAGGGCGAGGAGUACGCGGACAUUGGCUUCUAUGAGUGGGAUUUGCUGGGCCAGGAGCCCGGGGCGUGGGUCGGUGCGGGGUUCGAUGUGGUGCUGGACAAGGGCACAUUUGAUGCGAUCUGUCUGGCGCAGGAGACGGACGCACAGGGGCGGCGGAUUUGCGAGGGGUAUCGGGAGAAGGUGGAGGGGCUGAUUAAGAAGGGGGGACGGUUCCUGAUCACGAGCUGCAAUUGGACAGAGGAGGAGGUUAGGGGGUGGUUUGAUGUCGAGGGCGGCGAGCUGGUGUAUGAGAGCAAGGCCAAGUAUCCGAGCUUCACGUUCGGGGGCAAGACGGGGUCGAGUGUGUGCACGCUCUGCUUCAGGCGCAAGGCCUGAGUUCUGG